CAUACCCAUGUAUUGGGUGAUACACAAAAGGCUUUUAAUUAAAUGUUAUAUUUUGCUUGUGAAUAGGUUGACAACAGUAUUAGCCGAAUAAUUACGUUGCUAAUGCUAAUCAUAUGCCUAUCUCUCUUUACCUAUUGAAAGAGACCUGCCAAGGUAUUAAGUUAUAAUGUUUAGUUAUUCAUUCAUAUGAUUAUAUAAAGUUCUGUUGACUUAAAUGUGUACACAUUCAUGAUAUUCAGAUUUACCUUUCUUAUCUUUUAACACCUUGUGAUAUUGAAUCCCUCCCUGUGAAGUAAAGUAUAAAAGAUAGGACUCCUCAUUGACUCUCACACAAUCUACACUGAAGUCCUGAAAGUGAAGAUUUGACAAAAGAUUCAUCAUGGCAGUCAUGAGAGCUCUUGUGCUUCUUUUCUUGGUCUUUUCUGUUGAGAAUGCAGCAGCUCAGGGGAAAUGCCCAAAUGAAUGGACACCUUUUGAUGGGCAAUGCUACAAAUUCUUCUCUCGGUCAGUUAACUGGGCCACAGCUGAGAAACACUGUCAAUCUGUUGGUGCAAAUCUUGCAUCUGUGCGCAAUAUAGUUGAAAGCAAGUUUCUCCUGAGUCUUGUUCCUGCUGACACAAAAACUUGGAUUGGUGGCCAUGAUGCUGCAGUGGAGGAAAAAUGGCUGUGGGCUGAUGGAUCUCUUUUUGACUUUACCAACUGGUGCCCUGGACAACCGGACAAUAAAGGUGGUAACGAGCACUGCCUGGAAAUAAACUACAGAAAUGAACUUUGCUGGAACGAUCAGCCCUGUUCACUCACAUUAAGCUACAUUUGUGCCAAACCAAUGGAGGGGCUUAACAACUGCAGUUUUAAGGGACUUAAAGACUCUGUAACUCCUUGCCACACCGUCGAAGACACACCCACUCUUAUGGAGAUUAACCCCCUUAAGCACAGAAGACCCCCCCUGCUGGUGACAACAUGUGAGCCCACAGGUUAUUUCUUUGAAUUCCACUUUGAGGAUUUCACCAGAACAUUGUUUAAACCGGAGUUUAAACUCAUCAUAGUUCAAGCGCAUAAGCCUUUCAUUGUGGCGAAACUGAACAAACUGAACAAACUCACAGAUAAACUUGUGGACAAAGACUGUGAACAAGUUGUCAACAAUGUUGUGGAUUCUUGGAGGCAUUCUGAAAGGGAAGAUUUGACAAAAAGAUUCAUCAUGAGAGCUCUUGUGCUUCUUUUCUUGGUCUUUUCUGUUGAGAGUGCACCAGCUGAAGAGAAAUGCUCUUAUGGAUGGACACCUUUUGGUGUUCAAUGCUACAAAUUCUUCUCUAAGUCAGUUGACUGGAUCACAGCUGAGAAAAACUGUCAAUCUGUUGAUGCAAAUCUUGCAUCUGUGCGCAAUAAAGUGGAAUACAACUUUCUCCUAAGUCUUGCACCUUCUGGCACACGUGCUUGGAUUGGUGGCCAUGAUGGUGAAGUGGAUGGACAAUGGCUGUGGUCUGAUGGAUCUCAAUUUGACUUUACCAACUGGUGCUCUGGAGAACCUAACAAUUAUAUUGGUAAACCUGAGAACUGCUUGGAGAUGAACAAAGGCAAUAAUGGCUGCUGGAAUGAUGUACCCUGUUCAUUCCUAAUGAGCUACAUAUGUGCCAAACCUCUGAGAUCAUAAAAAAUCCAUAUGUUUCAAAAAUGAUUGUACUACAUGUCUAUAAUUUUUUUAUCUUAUCUUAAAAUCUCUAAAAUAUCUCUGAAAUCAUCUUUAAAAAUUACUUAAUCUUUCUGAAAACUUCUCAAAUCAA